AUGUGUGGUGGAGAUCUUUAUUUCUGGAGACAGGCCUUUAUCCUGACCACUGGUUUGUUCUACUCUGCCAGCGUGGGCAUCAUGCUGGCCUACCCUUCAGUUUUAUCUCCUGCUCUGAUCUCUUCCAAUGGCGCUGAUAUAAAGGCAUCUUCUGAACAAGCUUCCUGGAUUGCUGCAAGUAACGGGUUUGCAGGCAUGUGUGGAUUCUUCAUAUUGUCACCAAUACUACAAACGUUCGGCAGAAAGGUCGUGCAUAUCAGCUGUAAUCUCUUACUCCUCAUUGGCUGGAUGAUCUUCCCGUUAGCCAAUAGCAUUCCACUCCUCUAUGCUGCGAGAAUUGUCCAAGGCCUCGCUAUUGGUGGAAUUUACAUCAACAGCAUGAUCAUCUGCGAAUACGUUGACUCCAAAAGGAGAGGAUACUUCCUGACAUUGAAGAAGGUUGCUAUAGCCGUGGGAACUCUGAUCUGUCAUUCCAUGUCCUUGUAUUGGAAUUGGCGUCAAAUAGCUACUUUCGCCAUAUUACCACCUACUGUUGCUGUUAUCUUGACAUUUUUUUGGCCAGAAAGCCCAUCGUUCCUAGCAAUGAAAGGCCGUUUCGAGGAAUGUGAAGAAUCAUUCAUAUGGCUAAAUGGUCGAUCAAACUUAAAGGAACUUCAUCAUUUGCAGUUAACGCAAAUGGAAACAGUAAAAAACGGGCACUCGGAGAAACAUUACAAAUUCUUAUUCAGAAAGGAGUUUAUAAAACCUUUGUUAACUCCUCUUUUGAUUGAUUCUAUUGGUGUUGGGGGUACUUAUGGUGUUUAUGGGAUCAGUGUCUGUGGCUGUCUGGUUUUAUUGUACUUUGUUGUACCAGAAACUAAAGAUAAAACUUUACAACAGAUAGAAGAUGGAAUCAAAGGUGUUAAAAGAGCUAAGUGUGAAUUUGAAACGGACGCUUUAUUGUAG